CGCGCAAAAGCUCUCCUACGCCGCGCGAUAAUACGAUUCUCUCUCUCACACGCCUAUUGUGCACAUGUGUGACGUGUCUAUCGCUCCCGCUGUAUUUUAUACCCCGCACACAUCGCUGGAGGAAAAAAUCGCGAGCAUUACCGCAGGUAUUACAUAUAUCGUGAGGAACGACGAGCCUACCACCGUGUAACCUCGCACUUGAGCGCACAGCGCAGUCUCGAUGUAUACAUAUGUAUAUAUACACACACAACUGCGCGUGAGCGUAGAAAGAGAGAGAAAGAGAGGGUUUCGAGGAGUCGAGUAGAGGGAGAGCUUGCGCUUGCGCGCGCGUGUGUGUGUGUAUGUGUGACUCGCGGGGCACAGACUGAUGGCAGUUAAGGAUCGUCCGCUGGCAGUGAACUCAGUGAACAAGUGAAGCUCGAACGGGAAACGUCGCCGUACGCCUCUGGACAGCAGCGACACGUGUGUGCAGCGAUAAUCGCUCUGUUGUCGCGGCGACGAGCCGUCUUCUUCUCUCUUCUCUCUCUAUCCGCCUAUCUGAGGUUAUAAUACGCCGAGGUAUAUAACCUGCUGCAAAGUAGUGUUUACGUGUGGGAUUCAGGACGCGCGCAACAGCUGCAGCAGUCACCCUAUCGGCGCUUCCUACUUCUGUUGCUGCAUCUCUUGGACGUCUACUGAUCGAUGAAAUUCGGAUUCUGAGACGCACAGCACACACACACACACACACAGAGCCUUGAAAAUGGAGAGGACCAACGGCCAUCAGGCGACCGUCUCAACGGAGUGUCUGGACAAGGAUCCGGAGCACAUCAGAAUCGGAGGACUCGAAGGAGGAGGCACGCACUCGACGCUGUACGUGGUCGAUGGAAGGGGCAAGAAAUUAACCGAAGUUAGAGGUCCUCAUACGAAUCACUGGGUACUGGGCUUGGAGGAUACGGUCGCCAGGAUCAAUGACAUGAUCGUGAGGUCGAAGCUGGAGCUUGGAAUUCCGGAUACAGUGCCGUAUGAUAUUGUUGGUCUGAACUUGAGCGGCUGCGAGGAGGAGAAGAGCAACAGACUGUUGGCCGAGACGCUUCAUCGGCUCUAUCCUACAGCCUCGCGAGACUACACCGUCGGCUCGGACACUAUUGGAAGUGUGAGGACAGGUGUAUCCAACGGCGGAAUCGUACUCAUCUCCGGCACGGGUAGUAAUGCUCUUCUCAUCAAUCCAGACGGCAAGACUUAUGGCUGCGGUGGUUGGGGUCACAUGAUGGGCGACGAGGGCAGUGCUUACUGGCUGGCACACCGAGCUUGCAAGUACGUCUUCGACGACCUGGACGGUCUGUCGAGGUCACCACAGCCGAUAUCGUACGUCUGGCCUGCCAUGAAGCAGUACUUCGACAUCACCGACCAGCAGAGCUUGUUACCCCACAUCUAUGCCAACUUCAACAAGUGCAAGUUCGCCAUGUUCACGAAGGAGCUGGCCCUCGGCUGCGAGAGGGGAGAUCCUCUGUGUCUUGAGCUUUUCCGUGAAGCUGGCGUUACGCUCGCCAAACACAUCGACGCCGUUUACAACAAGGCGCACAAUGAUCUGAAACUGGAAAAGGGCGGCGUGAAGGUGAUCUGCGUGGGUUCGGUAUGGAAGUCGUGGGAGUUCCUCAAGUCGGGCUUCAUCGACGAGAUCCACAGGAGCGGCGUAGUCGACGAGCUCACACUUCUGCGACUAACCACCUCCGCAGCUCUAGGAGCCUGCUAUAUCGCCGCAGACAAGCUCAAUUGCAAAUCCAUGAACAAGACAUUCCAGACUAACACAGAGAAGUUCUACCACUACAAGCGCGACAAUCUGCCGCCGGCCACCAGCACGGGAUACGUCUAUAAACUCAUGGCUACCUGCGACAACGGCGUCUCGACGACACCGACCGCUACGGCUGGAUACAAGAGCAACAUCGAGCAGAGCAUCGAGAUCAGAUAAUCGCGUUAUGUGUAUAGGCGGGGAGAGAGAAGAGAUCGAGUCCGUUGAGAUGCUCAUUAUCGUAUUUAUUAUAAGUAUGAUUAAUAGAAUAACCGAGCUUGCGAGCGGACACUUUCUAAAGAGGAGCGAGCUCGACUUGUAUUGUCGUCGUUUUCGAAGUUUAGAUCUAGCUAGCUUUUAAUGUCGCCAAAUUAGUCGAGAAUUUAUCGUCUUCUUUUUUGUAAAAUUUCGUUAGUUGUUUGCAAGUAGGCGCGGAGAAAUUAUUCGUUGUUGUAUAAUGUUGCGGUUAUACUGGCGCGCUGACGGCCGCGUUCGAAUCAAAAUUCGACAAGUUAUGUAUAUGAUUAAGAAGAUUUUUUUAGACCGCGAAAUUUUUACCAGAACAAUAGACACUUGCUUUCCGUAAGAGUUGGGUUUGGAAAAUUGUGCUUUGCGCUGAGAAAAUACACCAUUUAGAAAGUGCCUUUGCAAUCUUGGAUAUGUUAGAACAAAUAGAAACUUUGUAGCAAUGCAGUGUGUAUUCCGAUGAAAAGCAUCAGAUGUACAUAAAGAAAUAAAUCUGAUCUGUACAAGACUAUUAUUUCGAGUGAUGAUGGAAGGAAAAAGAAAGAUAAAUGAAAAUAUUUUUAUAUAACGUGCGAGAAUUUUCUGGUAAAGUUCUCGAGGAAAACGAGGAAAAUUUUUUUGAUUUGUAAAGUGCUUGUUGAAACGAGUCUCUUAUGUUGUAUUUUAGAGUUGAGAACUCUGAUUAAAAUUAUAUAUACCAUAUAGUUACUAUA